UUACCAAGGAUAAUUUAUAUUUUAUUUUCAUCCAUAUUAAAAUUUUAUACUAUUGUUUAACCCAACUUGAUUCUAAAACCAGAGUUGAAUAACAACAGCAAAUGAUGAUAAGACGCUGCUCUGAUUACACUUCACUCCGACAAGACAAAAGUCACAAAAAUCCAUUUCGCCCGCCGACACAUCGUCGAUAGACCGACAUAUCGUAAAUUAAUUCCUAAAAGAUUUUUCUUGGUCAAGCCCAAUGUAGUAGUAUAUAAACAUUCUUGCACAACGUACACUCACAGUCCAUACUUACUUAGUGAGUACUCCAAACAUAAGAAACAUGCCAAACACUAGCAGCUCUCAAAGCUUCACUAUCUUCGUUGAUGGUUGGUUAAUCCGUCACAGGUAUUUCGUUGAACAGCUUAUGUGUGCUUCUUCCUUGGAUGAAACUAAUCGUAUCUCUCUCGAAGAACAACAAUCUCUCGUGGCCCAGUUUCUAUCUCACUGUCUUCAAUACUACCAAGAGAAAUUCGCCUCCGUUUCCCUCGCCGGGGACAACGUUUUCACUUUCUUCUGCCCACCGUGGUUUAACUCCUACGCUAAACUUAUUUUAUGGGUCGGCGAUUUCAAGCCUUCUCUUGUGUUUAAACUCACCGAGGUCUCCGUGGCCGACCUCACGCGCCACCAGAAAGACCGGAUCUCGAGUCUUAAGUCGGAGACUAGGAGGAAAGAGAGAGAAGUUAUGCGAGAUUUCGCCCUCGUGCAACAAAGCGUGGCGGAUCCGCCGGUGAUGCUCGCGGCGAGGCGCGUGGGAGCGGUGGGAAUGGUGGACGGAGAAGAAACGGAUUUGGAGGAGGCGAUGGAGGUGCUUAAAGCUGGGAUGGCGGCAGCGAUGAACAACGCUGAUCAGCUACGGUGUUCGACGGUGGGGAAAGUGGUGGAGAUUCUUACUCCGCCGCAAGCGAUUAAAGUGUUGAGGACAAUCGGACAGCUUCACCUCCGUCUGAGAGACAGAGACCAAGAAAGAGCUUAAAAAAAAAGAUACUUAAUUUGCUUUGCUCUGCUUCUUCAACAACGAUGGAGUCAUCACUAAUUUUUGUUUUUCGGGCUCAACCACUUGAUCCUGAGAUUUAGAUUUCCUUUUGGUGAUUUAUGAUUUUUAAAAGAUUUGAGAAUUGGGCUUUUUUGUUUGUAGUGAUAUGAUGUCAUGUUUUUUAUUUUUGGCUUCUCGUUUCUUCCUUAAAUCAGUUCUUACUAAAUCUCAUCAGUUACUUUUACAAUCAGACCAAAAAAUGUCAAAAGUACACAGUACUUGCUUUCAAAAUCCUACGUAGCUUAUGAUGUGGUCGCC